AUGCACCGUUUCUUCUUCCCUCUUGUGCUGUCUUCCCUUCGUCUUCUCUCUGCUCGUCCUCUCUUUGCUUCUUCUUCUUCUUCUUCUUCUUCUCCGUGGGCCAAGCUUGAUUACCGUCCAAGCUCCCUUACCAUGCUCCGUGGGAAGCAAAUCGGAGACGAUAUCAAAAUGUUGGUUGCAAGUUCAGGGGAAAAAAAGGGGGGCUGCGGGUUGGACAAUGAAAAGAAGGGCCAGCAAGGUGCAGACAAAAGCCAACACCUACUCCAUCUGCUAUUUUACUUCCCGCAUUGUCGGGAUUGGCUUGAAAGUCGCCAGGAAUCAGACAAGUCUUGUAUACAAUGUGGCUCUUUUUUUACUGGGGGGGGGGGAGGCGAAAAAGAGAAGAAGGAUAUUGACGUCUUGUCGGAUCAGGAGAAGGACGACGACCAGGGGGUUGAAGUGAGCAGCAAAACGAACGAGAGGCUCGAGGUUGCCGCGGCGGUAGAAACCCACUUCCGAGGCCUGUACAAGGGGAGGGGUGCUUUUUUUUUUCUUCUUCUCUCAAGUAACUACCUAAUUGUUGAGAGGCCUUUCCCCCCCCCUUCUUCCCUGUUGUUUUUUUCUCUUUCUACCACGCGAGAUGACUGGGAUGGGGCCCUGUACGGGAGUACGACCUUCAUACGACGCUGGAGGAGAGUUAGCGAAAACGGGACUAUACAGAAGGCAGAGACGACGAUGAUAGGAAAGACAAAGGGACGAAAGGCAGAGGCUGUGGAGAGAGCUGGCCGUCUCCCUUGA